AUGGGCCGAUACUCGGGCAGGAGCUUCCGUCUCAUUCAUGAGCGUUUUUUUAGCGUCGUGAGCAUCCUCCUCUUCGUGAUGGAGCUUGUGAUCGCCUACUUAGGCAACUCGCUGUCCUUGGCCUCGGACGCCUUCGCUGUCCUUUCCCACCUGCUGUCCAUGGUGAUAGGCUUGUUCGGCCUGAGGGCCAGCAGUAUCACCCAGCACAGGAAGAGCACUUUCGGCUUUCUUCGGGCAGAUGUUGUGGGGGCUUUCGGCAACUCCAUUUUUGCCGUGGCCUUGAUGUUCAGCAUCCUGAUCGAGGCCAUCAAAAGGUAUAUCGAUCCCCAGAAGACACAGCAGCCGCUGCUGGUUCUCAGUGCUGGGAUUAUCGGGCUGUUCUUCAAUAUUCUCAACUAUUUCAUCCUGGACUGCUGCUACUGCACGGCACAGGGGCCCGGGGGAGACGUUGAGACAGGUGAUGCCCUCAGCACCCAGAACGAGCCAGAGGAGACGAGGAGAAAGGAGAAGAAGUCCGAAGCCCUGAACAUCAGAGGUGUGCUCUUGCACGUGAUGGGAGACGCCCUGGGGUCGGUGGUGGUGGUGAUCACGGCCAUCAUAUUCUACACGCUUCCCCUGAAAGACGAGGACCCGUGUAACUGGAAAUGCUACAUCGACCCCAGCCUGACCAUCAUCAUGGUCAUCAUCAUUUUGUCAUCUGCCUUCCCACUCAUCAAGGAGACCGCUGUCAUUCUGUUGCAGAUGGUCCCCAAAGGAAUCAAGGUGGAAGAGCUGAUGAGUAAACUCUCUGCCGUGCCUGGAAUCAGCAGCGUUCACGAGCUGCACAUCUGGGAACUCGUAAGUGCGAAGGUCGUCGCCACCCUGCAUAUCAAGUAUGAGAAGGACAGGGGGUACCAGGACGCCAACGUGAAAAUUCGAGAAAUCUUCCACAACGCGGGAAUCCACAACGUGACCAUCCAGUUUGAGGAGGUGGACUCGCAGGAGACCCUGGGGCAGAAGGAGUCGCUGUUCCUCUGCAACUCACCCUGCGUCUCCAAGGCCUGUGCCACGCAGCUCUGCUGUCCCCCUGGGGCCCUGCCUCUGGCCCACGUCAAUGGCUGUGCCGAGCACAAUGGCUCCUCUCCUGUAGACACGUACCGAGCAGAAGGCCUCGGCCGAAGAGAAAUGACAGAAGUGGCUGUCAAAGUAUCUUUGGAUGGCUCUGUGAGUGACCGUGGACAAGCUUUUACCAAAACUCAGGAGGACCAAUGUUAUGUCAACAGCACCCAUUUUUGA